AUUAUAAUAAAAUAAUACGACAGAAAGUAAAGAUAUGGAUAAAAAGACGUAUAAAAAAUAUAAACGAAGGAUUACUAAAACUAAAGCUUUAGUCGAUAAUAAACCUCCAAAAUUUAAAGUGUCCGUAUAUUAUAAACCGCAUACUAUGAAAAGUGAGAAGAAUCGAAUACUACAACUCGACAAAGAAAAUAUGAAAUUACUAAGGCGGAUGAAUAUAAUUACUCGAUUAGAAGGAACUGUUGAUUGCUGGUUACCAAAAAUAAAAUAUAAAUCAAGGAUGGAUAAUCAGGAAGUAGGAAAUAAACAACUCAUGAAAGAAAAUAAACGAUUAUUACGAAAAAUUUGUAGAACAAGUAGUGAUUAUCCUACUGUAGAAUUUAUACAAAGUUGGAAAAACCUGAAAAUGAAAAUACAGUCCAAAAGAAACACAUCAUUUCAUCGAAUUGUAUCUGGUUAUUGGUGUCAAAGUGGAGAUGUUACAAAAUUUAACGGAAGUGGAGGAAGGUCCAUAUAUGGUGAAUCAUUUGAGCAUGAGAAUUAUAAUUUACGUCAUGCUGGUCCCGGAAUUUUGUCCAUGUGUAACGAAACUGAAAAUACAAGCAAUUCCAAAUUUAAUCUUACUUUUAGAAAAUUAGAAACAGUAGAUAGAAAAUAUGUAGUUUUUGGAAAAGUUAUUACAGGUCUCUCAAAUAUUUAUAAGAUUGAAGAAUUUGGUACAAAAACAGGAAAACCAUUUAAAACAAUAAUUAUAUCCAAUUGUGGUAUAUUAUCAAGACAUAAAUAGAAAAAGAUUAAGCAAGGCAUAAAAAAUUCAUUUAAUUGUUAAGAUGCA